GAACAGCGUGCGCGGAAGCCGCUCUUUUCUUCUAGUCUUCGGAGUCUCAUAGGGGGAGCAAUUCCGCAGCGAAGUCAAAUUGCAAGAGGAAAAGGCUGUCGGAGGGAUCCCGGAGGGGUCUGGGGAGCUCAGGAGACGCUGGGAGGGACUCAGACGAGCCCGACUGCGCCUUUCCCCGGCGCGCAGGGGACUCCGCUGACCCGGGUGCGUUUCUUUCCGCCCAGCCUGUUGAGUGGGUCGGAGGGAGCCCCAGCACAGGUGCCUCGCGUGAUCCCCCCCUCCCGCCCCGACACCCCUUUCUGCGUUGGCGGUGAGGCUCCCAGAUGCAAGCCCCCAGCUGCUGCCGGAGACGCCGACCCGGGAAGCCUCCCAAGCACCACAGCGCGUGACCAGAUAAGUGACCUUUACUUGCAGAAGAAGCAGAGGUAAUCAGAAUAUAUCUACUUUGGGGGAAAACCAGCAACACCAUGUUUUGCACCAAGCUGAAGGAUCUCAAGAUUACUGGGGAGUGUCCUUUCUCCUUGCUGGCACCUGGACAGGGUCCCAAAGAGUCAUCCCAGGAUGUAGCAGGAAGCUCUGAAAGCUGCGAAUUAACUCCUGCUGGCUCUGGGGAUAUUACAGAGAAGAAUGCAGGAGGAAACAUUCCUCAAAGGAAGACCAGUCGAAGUCGAGUUUAUCUUCACACUUUGGCGGAGAGUAUUUGCAAACUGAUAUUCCCAGAGCUCGAGAGGCUGAACCUUGCUCUUCAGAGGACGCUGGCAAAACACAAGAUCAAGGAAAUCAGAAAAUCUUUGGAAAAAGAAGACUUUGAAAAAAUAAUUGCAGACCAAGCAAUUUCUGCAGGAGUUCCAGUGGAGAUCGUCAAGGAAUCUCUUGGCGAAGAGCUUUUCAACACUUGUUAUGAAGAAGAUGAACACAUCCUCAAAGUGGUCGGAGGAACCCUCAAAGAUUUUUUAAACAGCUUCAGCACCCUGCUGAAACAGAGCAGCCACUGCCAAGAGGCAGAGAAGAGAGGCCGGCUGGAGGAGGCCUCCAUUCUGUGCCUGGACAAGGACGACGACUUCCUCAACGUUUACUACUUCUUCCCCAAGAAAAUCACUUCAUUGAUUCUUCCGGGCAUCAUUAAGGCCGCAGCGCACACCCUGUACGACACCGAAGUGGCUGUGUCUCUGCUGCCACCCUGCUUCCACAAUGACUGCACGGAGUUUGUUAAUGAGCCCUACGUGCUCUACUCAGUCCAAGUCAAGAGCUCCAAGGCCUCCCUGUCCCCGGGCAAGCCCCAGUCGUCCCUGGUCAUCCCUACUUCUCUCUUCUGUAAGACGUUUCCGUUCCAUUUCAUGUUUGACAAAGACAUGACAAUUCUGCAAUUUGGCAAUGGCAUCCGGCGGCUGAUGAACAGGAGAGAUUUCCAAGGGAAACCUCACUUUGAAGAGUACUUUGAAAUUCUCACUCCCAAAAUCACCCAGACGUUUAGUGGAAUCAUGACUAUGUUAAACAUGCAGUUUGUUGUCCGAGUGCGGAGAUGGGACAAUUCUGUGAAGAAAUCAUCCAGGGUUAUGGACCUCAAAGGCCAAAUGCUCUACAUUGUUGAAUCUAGCGCCAUCCUGUUCUUGGGGUCCCCUUGCGUGGACAGAUUGGAAGAUUUUACAGGGCGAGGGCUGUAUCUGUCCGAUAUCCCCAUUCACAAUGCACUGAGGGAUGUGGUCUUGAUAGGGGAGCAAGCCAGAGCUCAGGAUGGCCUGAAGAAGAGGAUGGGGAAGCUGAAGGCCACAUUGGAGCAGGCCCACCUGGCCCUGGAAGAAGAGAAGAAAAAGACGGUUGACCUCCUGUGCUCUAUCUUUCCCUGUGAGGUCGCGCAGCAGCUGUGGCAAGGGCAAGUCGUGCAAGCCAAGAAGUUCAGCAAUGUCACCAUGCUUUUCUCAGACAUCGUGGGCUUCACUGCCAUCUGCUCACAGUGCUCGCCCCUGCAGGUCAUCACCAUGCUGAAUGCCCUGUACACGCGCUUCGACCAGCAGUGCGGAGAGCUGGAUGUGUACAAGGUAGAGACCAUUGGAGACGCAUAUUGUGUGGCUGGAGGACUACACAAAGAAAGUGAUACCCAUGCCGUGCAGAUAGCGCUGAUGGCCCUAAAGAUGAUGGAGCUCUCUGAUGAGGUCAUGUCUCCCCAUGGGGAGCCUAUCAAGAUGCGGAUCGGUCUGCAUUCUGGGUCUGUUUUUGCUGGAGUUGUUGGAGUGAAGAUGCCCCGAUACUGCCUUUUCGGAAACAAUGUCACCUUGGCUAACAAAUUUGAGUCGUGCAGUGUACCACGGAAAAUCAACGUCAGCCCAACGACAUACAGAUUACUCCAAGACUGUCCUGGUUUUGUGUUUACUCCCCGAUCAAGAGAAGAUCUCCCACCGAACUUCCCCAGUGAAAUUCCUGGAAUCUGUCAUUUUCUGGAAUCCUAUCAGCAAAGAACAGAUUCAAAAUUAAUGUUCCAAAAGAAAGAGGUUUCAGAUGGCAAUGCCAAUUUCCUGGGCAAAGCAUCAGGAAUCGAUUAGCUAAAUCUCUAGCUAGUGAUUAGUCUUUGGGGGUUGUUCCCUCUGAGCUGAUGUAGAACCACUGAAAGCACUUUAGGAUUGCGGAUGGCCAAAGAGCAGUAUUAAAAUAUCAGGAGUUAAGUCAUGAUCUACUUUUUCUUCUACUUAAUAUGACAAAACUACAUUCACAUCCAUACUUCCAAUUCCACAGUGAGGGGAAAAAAUGCCUCAAAAAGUGACUUUUAGCGGAAAUUUCUAUUAUAUAAUAAUCACUUAUUAUAUGUCAAACAUCAGCGCAUUGUGUAUAUAUCAGUAAUUGUAAUCUGUGCAAUCUGAUGACGUCACCUGAAGUCUUGUGCCCUGGUGGGAAUGCUCCGGUACCUAAAGUGUAUUUGUGAUAGUGUUGCCUUAAACAGAGCUUUUUGAUAAGAGUUUAUAGCCAUUGAUACUAUAAAUUCUUGUGAACUUUCAUCAUUUCAACUUUGCUUUUUAUUACAUUUUUCUCAUGCAUUAUUAGGAGAAUAUAACUAAAUGCAUUAUAACCUUUUCUGUUACCAUUUUCCUUUUCUUUAAGAAAACAAGUGAUUAUGGGUUAGAUGAAAUAUGAAUAUUAAAUAGUUCUGUAAAUCAAUUAUUAUUUUAUAAAAAUUAUCCAAGACAUAAUGUGCCAUAACUAUAAAUAUUUCCUUUUAUUGGGUACAGUUAUUCUAUGCAUGAUAAAGGCUACUUAAUUCUUAUAAGCAAAUGUACUUCCUACUAAUUCAUUUAGUGUAGAAAUAGAGACUUAUUGCUUAUAUAAAAUGCAGUAAUACCAUUUUAAUUUAACUUAAGUUGAAACAACCUAGAAAUAAUUAAGUAUCAAGUGAACCCACUGUAAAGGAUCAAGGCAAAAUAUUUAUACUACACACACACAUACACACAUACACACACACGCAUGUACACACACAGCAUAAUUAAAUUUAUUUCAGCAGACAUCUUCCAUUGCUAUGCUGAGCCAUAGUAAAAAACAAUCCAAUAAAAAAACUUAAGUACACUGUGGUAAAUGAAACAUUUUCUUUUUAUACAUAGCUUUUGGGUUUUAAAUGUAUUUGUGUUGAAAACUUUGGUGUGUGAAUAUGUCGUAAGGAUCAUCAAGUUUUUUUGUCUUCUCAAGUACACUUCUGUGAAUAUUUUAGUUGAAAUAUCUAAAUUUAAAGACUUUUUAAAAAGAAUAUUACUAUUGAAGAAUACCAUGCUGUGAUUUCCUCAUUGAUACUUUUAAACAUUUUUCUAAAAUUAUAAGGUUUAAUUUUAAGAAUGUUAGAUCAAAGUAUCUUGCAAACUAAAUAAUUUACAGUUUGGAUUGGGUUGAAUUUGUUUUUUAAAAGAGCUAAAUGUCAAAACAAGGGCAUUAUAAUUUUUAGCAUAUAGUUUUAAGAUCUGCUUUAAUAGAGCCAUGCGUACACCAGAUUUUUAUUUGAAAAUCUUAGAAGUAAAUCAGAUUAUAAAUUUGUUAAUUAUCUACACUCAGCUCCAUAGUGAAAUCAGGAGUAGGAAACCAUUACCCUAGAUAUUGCAAUGAUUAAUAAUUGUUAUCACAUGAUAUCACAAUGUCUUGAAGGACCAAAUGUUUUGUUAAAUGUCACUUAAGGUUUUGGAGAGCACUAGUUACUGGGAAGAUAUAGUUAAGAGUUUCACAAUUAUAUAAAGUUAAAAAGUAUUUAAAAACAAAUAAGCAUUAAAUAGAUUUUUCUUUCUGGGACUGAACCACUAUUAUUUAGAAAAUAAUAUUAAUUUUAAAAGCAAUGUAAAUUUUAAGCACAUGGUAAAAUUUCUUCAUCAGAAAUUUAAGCAGACACCAGUUCAGUAAAAAUGUAGUCUACAAAAAUUUGUAAGUUAACUAGAGUUGAAAAUGCAUGUUUACACAGAGAGAGACGGAA